UAUAUGUAUCUCGAUCUUUGCCUGUGUUCGUCUGCUCUUUGAGGACGUAGCCAGGAUCUAUCAUCAGUCGAUACCGGUGCACCUUCUGCCAAAAUGGUUCUCGACCAGUACACCUACAUCUUUGCCAUUGGCACCUUGUUCGCCUUGCUCGAUGCCUAUAACAACGGUGCAAACGAUGUCGCCAACUCGUGGGCAACCAGUGUCUCGUCGAGAUCGGUCUCAUACAGACAAGCCAUGGUCCUUGGAACGAUAUUCGAAUUCCUGGGAGCUGUCACUGUGGGCGCACGAACUGCCGAUACGAUCAAGAAUGGCAUCAUUCCCAACGAGACCUUCCGUGACAACCCUGGCGUCCAGAUGCUUGCGUUUGCCUGUGCGCUCGCAGCUGCUUCAUCGUGGGUGAUGUGGUGUACACGACACUCGGCACAUGUAUCCUCUACCUACUCCCUGGUCUCCGCCGUCGCUGGCGUCGGUGUUGCAACCGCCGGGGCCUCGAAGGUUAAAUGGGGCUGGAACAAUGGCAAGGGUCUCGGUGCCAUCUUCGCCGGCUUAGGCAUGGCCCCUGCUAUAUCAGCUGGCUUCGGUGCUUGUAUCUUCAUGCUCAUCAAGGUGAUCGUUCACAUGCGCAAGAAUCCUGUUCCAUGGUCUGUCUACUCGUCACCCUUCUGGUUUCUGCUUGCGGCUUGUCUUUGCACGCUGUCCAUCGUCUAUAAAGGUUCGCCCAACCUUGGUCUCAGCAAGAAGCCCGGCUGGUAUAUCGCUGCAGUCACUAUGGGCACUGGCGGUGGCGUUGCUGUCCUGUCGGCCAUCUUCUUCGUCCCCUAUGUUUAUUCGAAGGUCAUCAAGAAGGACUACACCGUCAAGUGGUGGAUGGUUAUCUAUGGCCCCCUUCUCUUCAGCCGCCCAGCUCCUCCUGAUGCUGAGCGGGCCAAGGUUCCCAACUAUGCUGUCGUUCAGCAUGACGAGGACGAAUCGAAUAACUCAGUCAGUGACCAAGGGGAGGAACCUAUUGGCCAGAACGAGAAACAGCUUUGUACUUCCGAGACUGCACAGCCUACGUACAAAGAGAUCAUGGCCCAAGGAGAAGAGAGGCUACAUGCAAAGCUGAGGCAGAGUCGUGGUCCCAUGGGUUGGGCUAUGCGCACCCUUCAUGACAACCCUAUGGGCCCCGGCCAGAUCUAUGAACUUGAAAACGUGAAGAUCCUCGCCAAGCGGAUCCCUGCCAUGGUGGUCUGUGGUGCUCUCUAUGGUUUCCAUUACGACAUCCAUGCGGCACAGACGGGCAUUUCUGGCACCCCGGACGGGAGGCGAAUGGAGCGCGUCUACGGACACGCUCAGAAAUAUCCCAACGAAGUCGAACACACGUACUCAUUCGUCCAGAUCAUCACAGCUUGCACCGCAUCCUUCGCCCACGGUGCCAAUGAUAUCGGAAACUCUGUUGGUCCUUGGGCUGUUCUCUACUCCGCUUGGUCCACCGGCAGUUACACCGCUGCAAAAGCCCCCGUUCCCGUCUGGCAGCUAGCUGUCCUUGCUCUUACCAUUUCAGCCGGUCUGGUUACUUACGGCUACAACAUCAUGAAGGUGAUGGGAAACAAGAUUACGUAUCAUUCACCAAGCAGAGGAUGCUCCAUGGAAUUGGGCGCCGCUAUCACGGUCCUAGUCUUCUCUCAGUACUCUCUUCCCGUCUCUACUUCGAUGUGCAUCACUGGCGCUACCAUCGGUGUUGGUCUCUGCAACGGCACCUACAAGGCAGUUAACUGGCAACGUGUUGGACUCCUCCUCAUCUCAUGGAUCGCUACCAUUCCUAUUGCUGGUACUCUGGGAGGAAUCCUGAUGGGAUUGUUCCUGAAUGCUCCUCAUUUUUCUUAAAACAUGAAAUGAGAAAAUUUGAUGGUUGGU